AUUUCCGCUUGUCAAAAUGGCGCUGUUGUUUGCGGCGGGACGCUGGAGCUGAGCGCGUCUUUCUGCGCCGUUUUCCCUCCGCAAACCCCCCGAUACAAACGGCUCCCACGGGCGGGCAGACGCCAUGGCCACGCUCGACCAGAAAUCCCCCAACGUGCUGCUCCAGAGCCUGUGCUGCAGAGUGACCGGGAAGAGCGAGGCUGAGGUGGCGCACCAGUUCCAGUUCGCCGUGCGGGUGAUCGGGAGUAACUACGCCCCGACCAUCGAGCGAGACGAGAUCCUGGUGUCGGACAAGAUCAAGAAAGAACUGUUGAAGCAGAGAAGAGCAGAAGAUGCAGCCCUUUUCUCCGAGCUUCACAAGAGACUUCAGGGACAGGCGGUGCUGAAACAUCGUUGGUCUGUUCUGUACCUGCUCCUCAGUUUGUCUGAAGACCCCAGGAAGUCCUCCUCCUCCUCCAGGGUUGGAGCGUACAGUUCUCUCUUCGCUCAGCCUCUUCCUCGUGAUGCUCACUCGACGCCGUUUUACUGCACGCGCCCGCAGAGUCUGUCCCUGGGCUACGCGGACCGACCCGCUGCGGGUCUGGGGUCUAGUCUUGGAACCAGUGGAAUCUCGAGUCUCGGAGUUUAUUCUAUAAACGGACCAACCCCCACACCUCAGUCUCUACUGGCAGGUCAGCCUCCUGUCGCCGCUGCUCCUCUGGGCUCCCGAUUGGCCUGGGCUCUCCCCGUAAACCCCGCCCCCUCCGCCGCCGUAGCCCCGCCCUCUUCGGCCGCAGCCCCGCCCGCCUCUGCUCUGGCCCCGCCCACAGCCCGCACGGCGCCGUCGCCCAAACUGACGCGAGCGAGACGAGACGGAGACGCGAGCGCAGAGGUCACCGAGGCGACGCUCGUCAGGGACAUUCUCUACGUGUUCCAGGGAAUCGACGGGAAGUUCAUCAGGAUGAGCGGGCAGGACGACGGAUACAAGAUCGACCCCAAGGUGUCUCUGUCGAAGUCUCUGCGUGACCUGAGCAGCAGACUGUCGGAGCUCGGCUGGCUCCACAACAAAGUGAGAAAAUACACAGACUCGAGGAGUUUGGACCGAGCGUUUGGACUCGUGGGACAGAGCUUCUGUGCGUCUCUACACGAGGAGUUGAAGGAGUACUACAGGCUGCUCUCAGUACUGCACUCACAGUUGCAGGUGGAGGAUGAACAGGCCCUGCCCCUCGUCUCCUCUGACGGGUCUCUGACUCUGAGGAGGCUCCUGGUCUGGAUGUACGAGCCCCGGUUCAGACUCAAGACUCUGGCCGCGCUCGUCGACUUCUGCCAAGGUCGUAAAGGCGGGGAGUUGGCGUCCGCGGUCCAUGCGUACGGUAAAACGGGCGACCCUCAGAUGAGAGCUCUGAUCCAACACAUCCUCAGUCUGGUGUCUCACCCCAUCCUCCACUGUCUGUGCCGCUGGAUCUACGACGGAGAACUGGAGGACACCUACCACGAGUUUUUCGUGGCCUCAGAUCCAAACGUAAAAACCGAUCGACUUUGGCACGACAAAUAUUCCCUGAGGAAGUCGAUGAUUCCGUCCUUCAUCACCAUGGACCAGGCGCGGAAGGUUCUCCUCAUCGGUAAAUCCAUAAACUUCCUGCACCAGGUUUGUCACGACAGAACUCCUCCUGGGAAGAUCACCGCGGUCUCCAAAACGGCGGAAAACCCCAAAGACGCUGCAGAGCUCCUGUCGGACCUGGAGGGGGCGUUCCAGGAGAAGAUCGACGCGGCUUAUUUCGACACGUCCAAGUAUCUGCUGGACGUCCUGAACAGGAACUACCUCCUCCUGGAACAUCUGCAGGCCAUGAGGAGAUACCUGCUCCUGGGACAAGGAGACUUCAUCAGACACCUCAUGGACCUGCUCAAACCGGAGUUGGCUCGUCCUGCCACGACUCUGUACCAGCACAAUCUGACGGGGAUCCUGGAGACGGCGGUCAGAGCCACAAACGCUCAGUUCGACCACGCGGAGAUCCUCAAGCGGCUGGACGUGCGGCUGCUCGAGGUUUCUCCUGGAGACACGGGCUGGGACGUGUUCAGUCUGGACUAUCACGUGGACGGACCCAUCGCCACGGUGUUCACGAGGGAGUGUAUGGGUCAUUACCUGCGCGUCUUUAACUUCCUGUGGAGAGCCAAGAGGAUGGAGUACACACUCACCGACAUCUGGAAAGGACACAUGUGCAACGCCAAACUGCUCAAGACCAUGCCCGAAUUAUCUGGAGUUUUGCAUCAGUGUCACAUUUUGGCCUCUGAGAUGAUUCACUUCAUUCAUCAGAUGCAGUACUACAUCACCUUUGAGGUUCUGGAGUGUUCCUGGGACGAGCUGUGGAACAAAGUGCAGCGAGCUCAGGACCUGGACCACAUCAUCGCGGCUCACGAGGCGUUUCUGGACUCUGUGAUCAGCCGCUGUUUACUGGACAACAACAGCAGGUCUCUGCUGCAUCAGCUCAGGUCCAUCUUCGAUCAGAUCAUCGAGUUCCAGAACGCCCAAGACUCACUGUACAGGUCUGCUCUAGAAGAACUGAGUCUGAGGCUCCAGUACGACGACAAGAAGAAGAAGAGAGAGGAGGAGGGGGAGUGGGGGGUGACGGUCGAGCAGGAGGCCGAGGAGCAGAGGAGGGUCCAGGAUUUCCAGAAGAACAUUCCAAAGAUGAGCUCCCAACUCCGGAUCCUCACUCACCUCUACCAGAGCAUCGUGCAGCAGUUCCUGGUUCUUCUCAUGACGAGUCCAGACGAGAGUUUGCGCUUCCUCAGCUUCAGACUCGACUUCAACGAACACUACAGAGCCCGAGAGCCGAGGCUGCGAGCAUCUUUAGGAGCCACAAGAGGGCGCCGUCUGUCCAACAUUUAACACCCAACACCUCUGUCGCACCAAGGACUACAAACAUGGCCGACACUCACACCCACAGACAAUUCAGCCAGGACUACAAAACGCUUCAGUCCGCCAUUUACGAAACAAUCACACAAAGAAAGAGCCGUUUGAAACCGUUCAGGGGGACUACAAACAUGGCCGACCAGCUAAAGGACUACAAACAUGACCGCCUACAAUUUUAAACACAAUUUCACCCCAAAAAUGCCCAAAUUUACCUUUAAACUUUCCAAAAUUUGAAACUUUUGCCAAACGUGGUCACACAGCAUGCCUUAUUUGAAAAGUUUUACAUUUAGUUUGUCCAAAAUGUGUAAAUAUUUAAGGUAAAAUAAAAAAAUAAACAACAUAAACAGCUUUGACAUUUGGUUCAGAAUUGAUUCGUUUGUCAAAAUUUGAAAGAAAAUUGGCGAAAAACGGUCUAAAACUGUUAGAACAAUCCAGGUUUGUGCGUCCAAUAAGCUCCGUUUCAACGCAAAGUUUACAGUAAUAACUAUGUAAUAAAGAUGUAAUAAAGGUGUAAUAAGUAUGUAA